AUGCCACCCGCGAGCUCCUCCUUCACGCCCCUCAAUAUCCAAGGCGAUGUCGUACCAGAAUGGUUGGGUUCUUUUACUCUGGCUGCGCCCCCAAACACCGAUCUAUGGAGGAAACCACCAUCAGGGGAUACAUCGACGGCUCCAAUUCUCUACACGGCUUUGCGCAACCCCUUCAUAGUAGCAGAAGUCACAGUCUCAGCAGACUGGGAGCUCGAAUGGGAUCAAGGAGGACUGGUCAUAUUCGCGGGCGCACCGCCAGGGCAGAUAACGGCGGCAACAGCAAACGCGACAACGACACUCGAGGUCCCGAAUGUUGCAAACAUACGUUUGGACGACUGCGCGGCGCCAAGUUCCGCCAUCUCACUCUCGCAAACCUCAAGUAUUGACGACGUUGAGAGCUACGACACGGCAACUUCACAAAGCCCAGCAGAAGAUUCAGGUUCCAGCCCCCAACUAGAGCGCGGCCCCCCACCGCCGUACGUUGCUCCUGCGCCAGCGUCCAAGUGGGUCAAAGUUGGGCUUGAGUUCUCCAGCAACGCCUGCCAUGCCACUUGUGUGGUCGCAAAUUGCGAAGGUGCAGACUGGUCAUUGAGUGCACUCCCGCCCCAUCAACAACGACGUAUGGACUUGCGUGUAAAGAUUGAGCGCAUCGGCUAUGCGCUGUGGGUGUGGUACGAGGAUGAACUACUAGGCUGGAAGAAGCUCAGAGAAGUCACCUGGUUCUUCUGGGGUGUGGAAGAUAAAGCCGUACGCGUUGGUGUCUAUGCGAGUCGACCUGCAAACUUUGGCAUCACCAUGUGGGACCGGAGACACGCUGCGGGACUUGAUAGCGGAGCGCGAAAUCUAUGUGUCGAAUUCGAAGGUUUGGAAAUCUUCUAA